AUUCACUGCGUCGUUAUGAUGCUAAAACAUGAUCAUCCAACUCACAAUAAACAUCAUAGUAGUAACAUCGUCAAUAAAUUCAUUAAACAUGGACAAAACUCGAACCAUGGGAUCGAUAAAAAGAUGUCAAAUCGUAUGCCACUUCAAACAGUUCAUGAAGCAAUAAUCACAGAACAAAAACCUGAUGAAUAUUGCAAAAUGAGAAUAUCUUCAAGAUACCGUUCUGAAGAACCUCAUAUUGGGAAAUAUAGGUUAAUUAAAACAAUUGGUAAAGGAAAUUUUGCUAAAGUAAAAUUAGCAAAACACAUCCCUACUGGAAAAGAGGUUGCUAUUAAAAUUAUUGACAAAACUCAAUUAAACCCAAGCAGCUUACAAAAACUCUUUCGUGAAGUUCGUAUAAUGAAAACUUUAGAUCAUCCUAAUAUAGUUAAAUUAUUCCAAGUUAUGGAAACUGAAAAGACAUUAUAUUUGGUUAUGGAAUAUGCUAGUGGAGGUGAGGUAUUUGAUUACUUGGUAGCUCAUGGUAGAAUGAAGGAAAAAGAAGCAAGGGCCAAAUUUAGACAAAUUGUGUCAGCUGUACAAUAUUGCCAUCAAAAAAAUAUCAUUCAUAGAGAUUUAAAAGCCGAAAAUCUGUUGCUUGACGGUGAUAUGAAUAUCAAAAUAGCCGAUUUUGGUUUCAGCAACGAAUUCACUCUCGGCAAUAAAUUGGAUACAUUUUGUGGAAGUCCGCCAUACGCUGCCCCCGAAUUAUUUCAAGGGAAAAAAUACGAUGGCCCUGAGGUGGAUGUUUGGAGUUUAGGCGUCAUAUUAUACACGCUGGUCAGUGGUUCACUGCCUUUCGACGGACAAAACUUGAAAGAAUUGAGAGAACGUGUUUUGCGCGGAAAAUAUCGGAUCCCGUUUUACAUGUCAACCGACUGUGAAAACCUUCUGAAAAAAUUUCUAGUUCUCAAUCCUACCAAAAGGGCCUCUCUCGAAACCAUCAUGAAAGAUCGUUGGAUGAAUAUUGGUUACGAGGAAGAUGAGUUGAAACCAUUUACAGAGCCUGCUCAGGAAUUUAACGAAGAAAAAAUAAUAGAUAAACUAUUAUCCCUCGGAUACAAUAGAAAAGAAAUCGAAGAUUCUUUGUGCAGUCGCAAAUACGAUGACGUAACAGCCUGUUACCUUAUAUUAGCUAGGAAGACCACAAAUAAUGAAUCUAGGGACGCGUCCAUCAGUACUAGCAUGUCCCUUAAGCAACUUAGCAGACCAACGAGUGAACUAAAAACAGCCGGAGGCGUAGGUUCUCACAAUGCUGCACCUGCAGCCCUCGGCGUUACUCCUUCUCAUGUUAGUGGGGGUGGGUACGUAGGUAGUGCUUCGGCUGGUCCUAAAAGUCACCACCCUCUGGUCACUACUCAUCACGGCAAAUUUGGGACAGGAGCAAGAAAAGCUCACCCUCAUGGCACCAACAUUGUUACCACCAAUGCGACUGGCAACGAACCGAUCAACCUAAAAACUAAUGUUGGUAACAACGUUAAUCAUCAAAUCACAUCCGUUAAUCCUACACCAGCCGCUCCAACUAUGGGUGGAGCUGCAGGCUUGGUUAGUAGCGGUAUCAACAAAGCGACGGCCGUAUUCAAGCAUAACACCCCCGAUAUACAACAUCUGUUGGCCAAAAAUUUUAAGUUCCAAGGCCAAUCUAGUGCUGCUGGCAAAGUAUUGUUACAACCCACAUUAAAAAUCGGUAAAAGUGCAACCCAAGGGCGCAACAGCAUGCUUGCCGGUAUUACUAGGAGAAAUACAUAUGUUUAUGGCGAAAAGCUUAAUCCUAACGAUCCAAAAGCGGCUAAGGAAGACACUUCCCAACUUACGCCUCAACCAGAAUCGACUGAAAAUCAACCACCAUCUUUAACCCCUUCCGUGAUUCCUUCUUUACCUUCUCCCCCUUCCUCCUCUUCGACCCCUCUUAAUCCUUCGGCCUUGGUGAAAAACCUUCAAGAACUUUCUUUGUCAACCUCUCCUUCCCUUAACCAUACGCAAACCAUUACGACAAGUGAUAUAGAAUCGGCCAAACUUUUUGCUAGGGGAGCUGGCUCUCGAAACACCUUUCAUGGGGGACAGACUCGAGACCGUAAAAGAUUGCUGGCAGCGGCCCUUACAUCUACCGGCGCUGGGGGAAUGGCUCCACUCUUCGAAAACAAGGAACCAUUCGAAGACGAUCAUGUUGGUCAACAUGGAACAGGAACCGGAUAUUACGGUCACCAUCAUGCUGACCAUUAUUAUCAUCGAUCGCCCAACACUUUCCUCAGCAAAAUUUCGUCUAAGUUCGUUAAAAAAUAUCCAGAAUUCAAAUUAACCGAAGAUAAUCUGAUGAGACCCAAACCACCCAAGAUGAUAGGUGAUGACCACAUCCUCAAAAACCCUUACCAGCCUUCCCCCGUUUUUACUUAUAAUCUCAACAACAAUACCCCUCUUAAUUCUUCAGUUUACAACAGUCCACCCUCCACCUUCGACCCCCACCAUCACGUCAGUGGUAACAUUAGCAAUACUAGCGAUACGGGGAGCCUUCUAAGUCCUACCCCCGUGUCUCCUCAGCCCACUUCUUCCUCUUCCUUCUUUGAAAAUAACAAGGCAUGCACUCUUAAUUUUUCUACUAUUUAUGGUGGUGGUGGUAACUACAACACUGUUCAUGGUUCCUCGUCUCCCCCGCCUCCCAUCUCGACUUACGUUUCGAGUUAUGUUACAACUCCAUCCUCACUCUCUUCAAUCGGCGGUGGGGGUGGUACGGCCGGAAAACCCCGUUCCUUGCGUUUCACGUGGAGCAUGAAGACAACAUCUGCCAUGGACCCCAAUGACAUCAUGCGCGAAAUACGCAAGGUCCUUGACGCCAAUGCCUGCGAUUACGAACAGCGUGAGAAGUACCUUUUGCUCUGCUCUCACGGAGAAUCCUCGCCUCCCAUGGCUCACCCUUCGGCUCAUCUUCCAACAACGCCCGGAGGAGGGGAAGGCAUCUCAACCCCCGGGACAACACUUAAUUCCAACUUGGUGCAGUGGGAAAUGGAAGUCUGCAAGCUGCCCCGUUUAUCCGUCAACGGCGUUCGAUUUAAACGCAUCUCUGGCACGUCCAUAGCCUUUAAGAAUAUAGCUUCCAAGAUCGCCAACGAACUCAAACUUUAAUAAUUUAAGAAUUAAAAUAUUUUAAACAAAAUGAUGUGUUUGCUUACAAGCUGUUUAAGAGGAUAUUUCUUUUUUGUAAUUUUAUUCUGAUUUUUUGUAUUUCCGAUGAUAGUGAUUUAUAAUAUACGUUACGACGCAUCUUCUCCUUUGUUUUAUGCACUGAAAUUGUUCAUUAUUUACAAUGAUAAAAUAUUACAUUUUUUUUAAGUUGUAAUUAUGAAUUAUCUAAAAGCUUUAUUUGGGUUGAAUUAUGUGAACUCUACCCAAAACAUAAGAAUGAAAAAUAUAUCAAUUAUUUCAGAGUUUAAAU